GGCGGGGCGGCGAGGGUGACAUGUGAGCAGCGCGCCCGGGCAGGUGGAAAGGCGAGCGGCAUGGAGCGCGUAAUAAGAGAGUUGGAGUCGGAAAGAGCCGCCCCAGUCGCCGGGGAAGCGGGCGGUCAGCGCGGGUUCCGGCGGCCCCCAGCCUCCGAGCGCCCGCCCCCGGCCCCGGCGAGGCCCCUGCCCGGACCCUAGCCCCCCGCUGCCUGCGCCCUCCCCGGGCCGCCGCGCCGGCCUCGGGUCCGAGCCAUGUGCCGCUAAGCGCCGCCGCGCGCGCCCCCGCCCUGACCGGCCCCGGCCCCGGCCCCCCGUCCGGCGCCUCCCAUGGCCGAGGCCCCCCCGCGCCGCCUCGGCCUGGCCCCCCCGCCCGGGGACGCCCCCCGCGCCGAGCUGGUGGCUCUCACGGCCGUGCAGAGCGAGCAGGGCGAGGCGGGCGGGGGCGGCUCCCCGCGCCGCCUGGGCCUCCUGGGCAGCCCCCUGCCUCCGGGGGCGCCCCUCCCGGGGCCGGGCUCCGGCUCGGGCUCCGCCUGCGGCCAGCGCUCCUCGGCCUCCCAGAAGCGCUACCGCCGCCUGCAGAACUGGGUCUACAACGUGCUGGAGCGACCCCGCGGCUGGGCCUUCGUCUACCACGUCUUCAUAUUUUUGCUGGUGUUCACCUGCCUGGUGUUGUCCGUGCUGUCCACUAUCCAGGAGCACCAGGAACUUGCCAAUGAGUGUCUCCUCAUCCUGGAAUUUGUGAUGAUCGUGGUGUUUGGCCUGGAGUACAUCAUCCGUGUCUGGUCGGCGGGAUGCUGCUGCCGCUACCGAGGAUGGCAGGGCCGCUUCCGCUUUGCCAGAAAACCCUUCUGUGUCAUAGACUUCAUCGUGUUCGUGGCCUCGGUGGCCGUCAUCGCCGCGGGCACGCAGGGCAACAUCUUCGCCACGUCCGCGCUGCGCAGCAUGCGCUUCCUGCAGAUCCUGCGCAUGGUGCGCAUGGACCGCCGCGGCGGCACCUGGAAGCUGCUGGGCUCCGUGGUCAUGGCGCACAGCAAGGAGCUGAUCACCGCCUGGUACAUCGGGUUCCUGGUGCUCAUCUUCGCCUCCUUCCUGGUCUAUCUGGCCGAGAAGGAUGCCAACUCAGACUUCUCCUCCUACGCCGACUCGCUUUGGUGGGGCACGAUCACCCUGACAACCAUCGGCUAUGGUGACAAGACGCCUCACACGUGGCUGGGCAGGGUCCUGGCUGCCGGCUUCGCCUUACUGGGCAUCUCCUUCUUUGCCUUGCCUGCCGGCAUCCUGGGCUCUGGCUUUGCUCUGAAGGUGCAGGAGCAGCAUCGGCAGAAGCACUUUGAGAAGCGGAGGAUGCCAGCAGCCAACCUCAUUCAGGCUGCAUGGCGCCUGUACUCCACUGACAGGAACCGGGCUUACCUGACGGCCACCUGGUACUACUAUGACAGUAUUCUCCCGUCCUUCAGAGAGCUGGCCCUCUUGUUUGAGCACGUGCAACGGGCCCGCAAUGGGGGCCUACGGCCCCUGGAGGUGCGGCGGGCGCCAGUACCCGACGGAGCGCCCUCCCGUUACCCGCCCGUUGCCACCUGCCACCGGCCGGGCAGCGCCUCCUUCUGCCCUGGGGAAAGCCAGAUGUUUAGUAAUAAACGGAGUUUCUUUCGGAUCCACGCCAGCUGGAGACCGAGCAGCCGAAUGGGCAUCAAAGACCGCAUCCGCAUCGGCAGCUCCCAGCGGCGGACGGGCCCCUCCAAGCAGCACCUGGCACCGCCGUCGAUGGCCACAUCCCCAAGCAGCGAGCAGGUGGGUGAGGCCACCAGCCCCACCAAGGUCCAGAAGAGCUGGAGCUUCAAUGACCGCACCCGCUUCCGGGCCUCUCUGAGACUCAAACCCCGCUCUUCUGCUGAGGAGGGCCCCUCCGAGGAAGUGGCAGAGGAGAAGAGCUAUCAGUGUGAGCUCACGGUGGAUGACGUCAUGCCUGCGGUGAAGACGGUCAUCCGCUCUGUCAGGAUCCUGAAGUUCCUGGUGGCCAAACGGAAAUUCAAGGAGACGCUGCGACCGUACGACGUGAAGGACGUCAUAGAGCAGUACUCAGCAGGGCACCUGGACAUGCUGGGUCGGAUCAAGAGCCUGCAGACCCGGGUGGACCAGAUUGUGGGCAGGUGCCCCGGGGACCGAAAAGCCCGGGAGAAGGGCGACAAGGGGCCCUCGGACACGGAGGCGGCGGAUGAGAUCAGCAUGAUGGGCCGCGUGGUCAAGGUGGAGAAGCAGGUGCAGUCCAUCGAGCACAAGCUGGACCUGCUUCUGGGCUUCUACUCGAGGUGCCUGCGCUCCGGCACCUCGGCCAGCCUGGGCACCGUGCAAGUGCCGCUGCUGGACCCCGACAUCACCUCGGACUACCACAGCCCCGUGGACCACGAGGACAUCUCCGUCUCCGCGCAGACGCUCAGCAUCUCCCGCUCGGUCAGCACCAACAUGGACUGAGGGGCUUCUCGGCGUCGGGACGCACCCGGCCGGCCCCGCGGCCUGGCGCUCGGACCCGCCCCCGCAGGCCUGGGGGCUCCGCUCUUACUUGAACCCGCCCCUCCGCGGGGAGAGAGGCCACGCGCAGUGCUGAGCUGCCCCGGUGGGCCAGCUGCGGGCUGCGGGCCCCGCCUCAGGAGCGUGAGAUGCCAGGCCGCACAGAGGGCAGCAGCGGCGCUGCCCCGCGACCUCCGCCCCCGUGCCCUGCCCGUUCCAUCAAGGCCCAACCUGCCCGUGGCAGGGGCGCUGCUCGGAGCGUGGGAGCGGGUCGCUGGGGCUCUGGGUCUUGAACCAGCUUCCAGCUAUGCAAGGUGAGGUGUCUCGGCCCCGCCCUUCGGACAGAGCAGGGAAGCCCUCCCGCCAAGUCCCCGCCCCCUUAGGGGCGGGCCCAAGGUGCCCUCACAGGUACCCACAAGCACAGGACCUUGCCCUAAGGCAGGUGGGCACCAUAUAUGCAAACUAUAUUAAAUAUGCAACUCUGGGGACCCCCAUGGGGUCCCUCUGCCCAUCUCUCAUUGGGAGAUGGGCCCCCAGCACUAGCUGGUCUCAGGCUGCUUGGCCAUGGUCCCCAUUUCCACUCUGGCUUAUCACUCCCUCCCCACCCAGCAUGGGGCCUGUUUCUCCCUCACCCCCUCUCCAAGAGCAACAUCUGGGCCUCUCUUCCCCUUGCAGUGUCCCCUCCCCGGAGCACCCUCUUCCUGCCAGGUGUCCACUCCUCUCUCUGGCCCUCCACUCCCAUUCGACAGCCCACGUUUCUGUGUUCUCCCCCAAACCUCCCACAGACAAUGCUCCCACGUUACACGAACAUGUCUCUUUCGUUUCCCCAGAUGUGCAGAAAGUCUCUUAUACUCACACGGACACACAAUGACACUCACGGAGACAUUAGCACAAGAGCCACUUAGCCUUCCUGGGGCCUCUGCAGCUGAUGCCAGUGGACUGUCCUUGCAGGAUGAUGUCCACUAAGUGGUGCCCCCCACUCCAUCCAGGUAGGAAGGGAGCAUUGAAGUGACCCCAGGCGUCUCUAGGCCCCACCCCAGAGCUUUACCAGAAAGCUCUCCUUUCUCAAGAAGAUCUACUCCUCACUGGUCCAGGAGCCCUAACUGCUGCCUCUGCCUCGACGUCCCUACAGCACAACUCAGGCCUAGGCCUCUGGGGCCUGGAUAGCACUGGGAAGACCCCAGGCUUCUCCCCAGAUGGUUAUCAGGCCCGCUUCUAUCUAGGCUUGCUGCCUUCUUAGUCACUGUAACUCCCAGAGAGAAAAAUAAUGCACCUAGCAAUCACCAUUGCUCAGGCACCAACUGUGCAUCCAGCACUAACAUGCACUGUUUCCCCUCCUUCCACACCCCACUGUCCACUUUAAUUGGCAGCCCCUAUACUGGCAUACACCCCCAUCCACUCCAGGCCCCCAGCAUCUCUUUGGUAUCCCUACUCUUUGUCCCUCUUCUGCAAAGCUAUUGCAGGUGGCGAGAGAGUGGUAUGUAGGGGGACCCUCUACGGGGUACCAGUGAACAAGGGGCUCAGGCCCAGCCACCUGCACCCCAUGACUGGGGACCUGCAUGCACCAGCGCCAGGGCUGGGGUUGGAUCUUGCUCAGCCCCAUGGUGCCCAGCCUUUGCCCAACAUGCCCUCUGCAUGUCACCAUCAUGCCCUGGAUGGAGCCUGUCCUGGCUAACCUCACCUGCACUGCACUGUCCCAGAGAGCCAUCCCUUGGCCCCUCAGAGACAGAGCUGUGGAGAGGGGCAGGAGAAUGAGAUUACCCUCUGACUAAGGAGACUGGGGAAGAAGCCCUCGCUCCUUCCGCAAUCAAGGUUCUCCACCAAACCGGUUCUCAGAUAUGCAAGUACCUCACUUUGUUAACUUAUUAACUUAUUGGUUUCAUUAAAGUUUUCUGUAGGAUGUGGUUGGC